AUGCCUCAAUGUAGUGCGCCAAAUUGUACAAACAGAGGAGCUCAUUUAUUUCCCAAGGACCCAACACGAAGAAAACGUUGGGAAACUGCUCUGCGUAUUAAAAACUUUAGGGCAAGUGAUUCAGCCCGCUUAUGUGCAAUGCAUUUUAAGGAAGAUGAUUAUUUUGGAAAAAGUAGAUAUACAGACAAUGAACCAGUUGCAAAGUUCUUAAAAAAAACUGCAGUACCAACCAUAUUCUGUUUUACUAAAAUAAAACAAGUAACACCAGAAGCGCUUAAACGGCAGGAGCGUUAUGAAAAAAUAAGUCACAGAAAACUGUUUAAAGAUGACAAACAGACAGAACCCGAAACGAGCACAGAAGCAAAAGAACUUGGAACAAGCACAGAAGCAAUAGUGAGCCAUAUUAAUCUAGGUGUAGGGCGAGAAGAAAUAUGUACUACCGAGGACAUUAAAGUACCGGUUCAAAAUACAUACACAAGUCCGGAAUAUUUGUCAAAAAGCACUCAAGUAGAUCAUGAGCAUGUAUAUGGUUCAAUAAACAGGUACAAACUUGAUGACAAAUCUAUACUUUUCUAUACUGGCUUUGAAACAUACAAGAAAUUCCAUUUUGUUUACUCCACACUGAGCCCGAUGGCACCCAAGAUUAGAUACUUUGGCAGCAAUGUAACUAGCUUAUCUACUGAAGACCAAUUUUUCCUCACUCUAAUGAAACUACGGCAGAAUAAAUGUAUAUUUGAACUUAGCAGGUUUUUUAAUAUUAGUGAAACAACUGUGUCAAAUAUAUUCAUAACAUGGAUAAAUUUUAUUCAUCAACUAUGGAGUAGAAUAAAUAUCUGGCCCAGUAAAGAAUUGAUCCAAUACUACAUGCCUCAACAUUUUAAACAAUAUGAUGAAAAUGUUAGAGUUAUAUUAGAUGGAACUGAAAUAGCUGUUCAGAAACCAAAAAAUCCAACUUCUCAGCAAGCUUCGUGGAGUAGUUAUAAACAUGCAAACACUCUUAAAGUGUUAGUAGGAGCAACACCAGGUGGAUUGCUAUCGUAUUGUUCACAAGCAUACGCUGGAUCUAUAAGUGACAGGCAGACAGUUGAACGAAGUGGUCUAGUGUCCAAGUGUGAAAGUGGUGACAGUGUACUAGCAGAUAGAGGAUUUACAGUACAAGACAUGUUUGCAGACAAAAACAUUACUGUAAAGAUACCUACUUUUUUAAAAGGAAAAUCACAGUUACCAGGUUUAACAAUCAUAAAAGAUAGACAACUUGCAAGUAAACGUGUCCAUAUAGAAAGGAUUAUUGGAUUGACAAAAACCUACAAAAUAUUAAAGUCUGAACUUGAUCAUAGUUAUAUUCCAAUAGCAAGUAAAAUAUUUUUUGUAUGCUUUAUGUGUUGCAACUUUCGAGAAUGUAUAAUGAAGAAAAAUAAAUAA